GAACACCACAAAGUGUCGAAUGUUCAAAGUGUCGAAAAGUUCGUGUGGGAUCGAGUGCGGUCGAACAACGGACCCACCAACAGCUGAGACGUGACGUACAGAGAAAAUUAUACGUGAUAGAUAAAUAAAUAUAAUGUUUAGAAGAAUUCCGUUAAUUUUACGUCGUAAAUUCAUCGAGUUGACAGAUUAAAAUGCAGAACAGGAACAAAACCUCUUUCACGACGACUUUAUGUAUUAUACACGCAACAGGUGUAACGGAACGAGAUAAUCCAAGCCAGCAUGCAUGGCUUCAGCAUACGCCUCUCCAAAUACCGGAAAAAGAUCCUGUUGUUACUAUUAUUUUCGACGUUGACUGUGGUAUUGUUAAAAAUGAACACUCCGUGGCCAAACUUCGUUAUCAGAAUGUACUACUGGGUCAAUCCACGGAAAGACGUGGUGUGUCACACUAUAAGACUCGAGGACAGUCUUCCCGACGUGUCUGACGCACAUCCCAGGAAAGACCGAUCAAUCUUUUUCCACGAAACUUCGUGUAACUCUUUCUUAGAAGGGAAGAUAGUGAUCAAUCCCAGGCAGGCAUGCGCGGUGGAAAGCGCCGCCCGCCUCAACCCCAACAUGGAUGUCUACUUGCUCUACGCUGCCCCUGGCAAUGUCAAAAACCAGACGCGCCAGUCUGACCGCAUAUUAAAACUGCUACAGGCUUAUCCCAACGUAAAAAUCCUGCAUGUCGACUUAGGGCAAUACAUGACCGGCACUCCGGUGGAAAAUCUGUGGACCACCAGGCAGAUGCAACACUCCCAGUACGCUCAAUCUCACACCAGCGAUGUUCUUAGGUACCUGACUUUGUGGAAAUACGGCGGCAUUUACCUGGACCUCGACGUCGUAGUGAUCAAAAGUUUAGAGGAUCUGGAAGCGAAUUAUGCUGGGGUCGAGUCCGACGAAGCCGUGGCGGCCGGAAUUUUAAGCUUCGACUCCUCCAAAGAGGGUCAGACCUUUGCUAAUUUAAGCCUGCUCGACUUGGCCGAGAAUUUCAGAGGGUACGACUGGGGUUACAAUGGACCGGGAACUAUAACCAGAUUGGUUAAGAAGCUUUGUAAUGUAUCCAGCGUGAAGGACAUGGUGGGUAAAAAGUGCCAGGGGUUCAAACUCUACCCCGCUUCCAAGUUCUAUUCGAUACCGUGGUGGAAAUGGGAGUGGUUCUUCAACGAGACGUAUCUCAAUGAGGUGAUAGCCCAUACCAAAGACAGCUUUAUCAUUCACGUGUGGAACAAAUUCAGCGCGGAUCUCAAAAUACCUUUGUCGUGCGGUGACGUGCCCUACCUUUAUUUUGCCAAAAAGUACUGUCCCCUGGUGGUCGAACAGUGUGAUUAUUAUUUUUAAGGGGGUGGUAAGCGAUGCAUAUUUUAAGGGGCCAAUUUUUUUUUGCCUUUUAAUGAGAGAAAAUCAAAUGACCGAAAACACGUUUAUGGUGGGUUAACUAUGUUUAUACAUCCUAAAUAUCCACAACCACAUGUUACUAUUCCCAAAGAAGUGAUACAAAUAUGCGAAGCUGUUUUUAUGUGUAGAAUGAUUUUUUCAGUUGGAUGAUUGUAAGUUGUAUCCAUCAAAUACAUUUUCGUCAAUAUAUUUUACAAAUAUCUUUUGUUUUUCGCAAUAAAACGAUAUUUUGUUUUUCAGUUCCACAAACCUCUAUUAUUCGUCGCUCUUAACACUAUAGCUACGUCAUCAACACUGG